CCGCGCAACUGUCCCGGGGCCUCAGCAAGAUGGAGAGCGCCAGCCAGGAUAUCAACCUUAACUCUCCCAACAAAGGUCUGCUGUCUGAUACGAUGACGGAUGUUCCUGUGGAUAACGCCAGCGCUGUGGCCCCCCCUCCGAGGCCCGCUGCCUACAACGGGCUCACCGAAGCUGAGGAAGAGGAGUUAAGAGCGGAGCUAGCCAAGGUGGAAGAAGAAAUUGGCACCCUGCGCCAGGUGCUGGCUGCCAAAGAGAGACACUGUGGGGAGCUGAAAAGGAAGCUGGGCUUGACCCCCUUGGAUGGGCUGAAGCAAAACCUCUCGAAGAGCUGGCACGACGUCCAAGUCUCCAAUGCAUACGUUUCGGCCAGCAGCACACUGGAGGACUGGAAUGAGAAAUUAACCCAAUCAGAAGCCUACAAGAAGACGCAGGAAACGCUGUCGCAGGCAGGCCAGAAGACCUCGGCUGCCCUUUCCAACGUGGGGUCUGUGAUCAGCCGGAAACUGGGAGACAUGAGGGCCCAUCCCUUCUCGCAUUCCCUUAGCAGCUACUCCAUCCGCCACUCGAUAAGUAUGCCGGCCAUGAGGAACUCCUCCACCUUCAAGUCUUUUGAAGACCGUGUUGGAACCAUCAAGUCCAAAGUGGUGGGCAGCAGAGAGAACAGUGCCGACGAGCUGCACUCCCCAUCUGCGUCUGGCGACAAGCCCUCCCAGGACAAUGCGCCUUUCUAAGGCUCCGGCCCAGCGGUGCCCGACUGCCAGAGCCCCGCCCUCUUGCU